AUGCAGUCUGUCGUAGGGAAGAAGAGAAAAGAGAAGCCGAAGGAGCAUUUGACUCCCGUCGACACCAAUGAGUUUGGGGAGGAGAGUUCACAGAGUAAGGAAGGAACCCCUUCAGUCACACUUGCACCACCCACUCCCAUGUCCAAAGGCUCUAAGGUACCACCCUAUGUGCCUAAAGCCCCGUUCCCAUCAUGUUUGAAUGUGCCAUCUCCCCUUUCUAAAAGGGGAGUAUCUAUGGAGGAUACCCUUGAGGUAUUCAAGCAAGUGAAAGUUAACAUCCCACUCUUAGAUGCCAUCAAACAAGUCCCAAUCUAUGCAAAAUUUUUGAAGGACCUCUGCCCCCAAAAGAGGAAAAACAGAACCAAUGUGUCUAAAAAGGUCCUUCUCACUGAGCAAUGCACACUUUUAGACUUAGGGGCUACUGUCAACUUGAUUCCGUACUCGGUGUAUGAACAAUUGGGGCUUGGGGAGUUAAAGCCCACGUUGGUUACCUUGCAAUUAGCUGAUAGAUCCAUUAAGGUGCCACAUGGAGUAAUUGAGGACGUUCUUGUUAAUGUUAAUGAUUUUUACUUUCCGGCUGAUUUUAUAGUCCUUGACAUAGAAUCGGUCCAAACCCUCAAAAAGCAAACUCCGAUUAUUCUUGGUCGUCCCUUCUUGGCGACUGCUAAUGCAAACAUUUAUGUGAGGAGUGAGGAGAUGGAGGUGACCUUUGGAAACAUGACCCUUAAGCUUAGUGUUUACAAGGCCACGAGACCUCCUCUAGUGGAGGAAGACUGCUUUGCAGUCGAUGUCAUAAACGACUUAGUGGAGGAGGCGUUGCCUUAUAUUUUGACUGACGACCCAUUGGCUGCUUGUUUGGCUCAGUUUGACUUAGAGAAUUUUGAUAUUGAUUAG